CUAUUGUUAUCUGGUGUUGUGUCGGAGAGCCGCUUUGUCAUCCGUGAUAACCUGGAAUGUUGUGCAUCUCGUAUCAAGAUCAAGCGAAGCAAAUGCCGGUGUGCAUAUUACUCCAAUUCGACCGCGACAUUCCAAUGCCUACUCCAAGGCGACCUGGUAUUUAAACUAAAUCCCGGUCCCACGGGCGAUCAAUCAACCAUUCACGUUCAUUGUUCCGUUACACGUCGUCGCGUCCUAUUGUCCACCAGAACAAGCAACCACUCGAAUCUUAAUACAGUUAAGAGAGCGCCAACAACAAAGCAUUUCAACACGCCAAUUCUUGAACAACAGGACAACAGGGCAUUCCAGUUGGCAGUUUGA